UUAUAUGGACGCAGUACGCUAACCGCUGCGUUACGACACCUGGCCAUUCUCCACGCGGCGGAUCACACAAUUCACAAGCUACGGAGCGGCGAGCGACGGGCGGAGUUACACCCUCUUUCGCUGCUGUAUACAAAAACAAAACAGAAUUGUGGGAGAUUGUAGGAGCUGAGGAGGGAUGGAUUUUAAGGGCAUGGGAGGAACCGGUGGGGAGGCGCUGCCGUCGUCGUCGACGACGCCUCUGACGCGGCAGGGCUCGAUCUACUCGUUGACGUUCGGCGAGUUUCAGAGCACGCUCGGGGGGAUCGGGAAGGACUUCGGUUCGAUGAACAUGGACGAGCUGCUUAAGAACAUUUGGACGGCGGAGGAGAGCUACGCCGUGGCUUCGGCACUCGGUGAUUCAUGUGGCGGAGCUGGGACCGGACUCCAGCGGCAGGGAUCGCUGACCUUGCCCCGAACGCUUAGUCAGAGGACUGUAGACGAGGUCUGGCGGGAUCUCGUCGGACCUUCCUCGUCGUCCGGCCAGGGGGCAUGGUUAGGCGGAGUGGACGUCGCGCUGGAACCCACGCUUUGGGAGAUGACGCUUGAGGAGUUCUUGGUGCGUGCUGGGGUGGUGCGGGAGGAAUUGGCUUCGUCGCAGGCGCCGCAGAGGCCGGCAGACAACAAUACUAACAGUAGCAACUUAGUUUUUGGUGAUCUGUCGGGUACCAGAGUGUCCUCUUCGCUUGCUCUGGAAUUCAAUCAAGGUCCUAGCCGAAGUGAUGGGAAGAUAAUGGCUCCAAUUCCUCAAGGUGCAGCUGCCAAUUUGGGGAUGAAGAUCACUGCGGCUAGACCUUAUGUGCCUACCAUGCCAUUGGGAAAUGGCGUGGACUUAGGGAAUCCGCAGGGAAUAGCAAGUGGAGGACUUGUUGGUUUUGGCCAGGCUGGGUUGAACAACGGAAUGAUGGCGGGAGUGGUUGGCCUUGGCACCGCAGGAGUCAUGAAGGCGUCAGGAUCACCAGUGCAUCCUCUUUCAUCUGACGGAAUUGGCAAAGGCAAUGGGGAUCUUUCAUCUGUAUCACCUGUUCCAUAUGUGCUCAGUGGUGGAGUUAGGGGGAGGAAGUCUAGUGGAGCCAUCGAGAAGGUUAUGGAAAGGAGGCAGAGGAGGAUGAUCAAGAACAGGGAAUCAGCUGCGAGAUCACGUGCCCGAAAGCAGGCUUAUACUUUGGAAUUGGAAGCUGAAGUAGUAAACCUCAAAGAACAAAACGAAGAAUUGCUUAAAAAACAGACUGAGAUGAUGGAGAUGCAGAAGAAUCAGCAGAUCCUGCAGAUUAUCAAUCAGCAAAAUAAACCAAAAAGGCUUUGCUUAAGGAGGACACAAACAGGUCCAUGGUAGAGAAAAGCAUGAAAAAUGCUAGUGUUUUCUGUCAUGUUUUCACUAGCCGGGUAAUUUUGUAUAUUUGUACGAGUUGGAUCACUUGAUGUAGGCUACAGAUAAUUAUCUUGUAGAAGUAGAUGCUCAGCUGUUUCUGUUCUCCUGGUGAUCUUGUAUUCUCCAUUUAGAGGGCUUUUUUCCUACUCACGUAGGAUUGGUUAUUUCCAUGCUCAUUAUGGCCUUCCUUACAUGCAAAGAUCACGUUUUAAGGAUCACAUGCUAGAAACUGGCAGCUAAAGAUGAGAUGGGUUUUCCAGUUUUUAUAUACUUGUUGGAUGCAAGUGUUAAAGUUUCUUGUUUAUGCGGCCUAAGCAUCUAGGAAAGAUGCAUAUGAUUGGAUAAGAUUAAUAACGCUCGUCUUCUAGAAUGCCGCCAGAUCGAGUUUGCAGUUUGUCCACUCCCAGGAACUCAAACUUUUUCCCUUCUAGUGGUUUUUGGAUACGUGACCAUGUGGCUUUAUGUGUUAGCAUUUGACAAACAGCCAUACUGUGCCAGUCAUUGUUCUUAAAACCUUUAUGCUUUUAUCUAACUUGUAUUUGCUUUGGCUUGUUACGUACUUUGUAUUUGUACUCCACUGUUAUGAAUAAAUUUCUACGGAUCCUUGUGAUUUCAUGUUA